AUGGCAACCGACUACAGUACCCAUCACUGCGGUAGUAGGAGUACCGAUCGAGAUCGCCCAACCACAUGUGGUCACAACGCCACGACCAGCCGAUUAGAUCAUGGUCUGGUGGAGGAACUAACAGUUUCACCUUCCUCUAACCGGGCUGGUAGGGCGACCAUUCAGGCCGAUCUUGUCUGUGCUUGGCCUUCCCACGCGAGGAACGUUGUUCUUAGAAGGAUGAAUGCUAAACGAAGGUGGGACUGGACCACGCCAGAAAGUGAUAAGAACAAGUAUAUUGAGUUCGAAUCUGACCACAACAGCAGGCAAAAAGGUUCAGAGUGUUUCAGCGGAUGCGGGAGCAAGAAGCACCACGACCAGCAAAAGGCCGAUUGA